AUGGGUUUCGUCUCUGGAUUUUUCAGUGGCUUUGCCCUCACCACCUCCAUCUUAUACAUCACCAUCACGGUCCAUCGCGCCACACGCCUCGAACAGCGCCGACAGAUCCGCGAACAAGUCGAUCAAAUAAACUGGCUCGCCGCUUCUGCCGGUGCCUACGACCGGCGCUUCUUUCCAGAACACCAGGCCCAGCGCCCAGAAGAGCAACAUGGUCGGAGAGAAGACCAAAUCACAAUGAAAGAGGUUCUGAAGCACAAGUGGAAUCAAGAAAUUGAGAAACUUGCCGGCAAGGCGCAUGAGACUCGCUGGGAAGAUGUGAGGGAGACCGCAUCAGAGGGUUGGAAGGCUAUUUUGCGGUUGGUGAAGAAGGACUGA